AUGACCGCACUGGACGAGUUGGGAUCUUUGGGACCCCUAGCGGUGGAGGGCCUCCCCGGCAGCAAUUUACAGGCUGCAACUUCAACGUCGGUUCACGGGCCAAGCGUGACAGGAGAGCGGAGCAGGAGCUUCGACGUUAGGGAGUUUGGGCUCUACGCUUCCACAACCAAGUCCGGCCCCAAUGCCUCUAGCCGUUCUAAUUCCAGUCUCAAGUCGAAGCCCGGCGCCCCGUACUCAUCAACAAGGUCGAGGUCAACCACACACCCGAGACUAGCACCCGUAGUCACAAAAACAAGAACGAACACCUCAUCAUCAUCAACAACAACAACCACCACGAGGACGACAACGAGAAGAUCCCCGCCGUUGUCGGCACCAAUCACACCUAGACAUCAAGUCGCUGCUGCACCAGUCGCUCAUUACUACGAUCCUUUCUAUUCUCCCGACGAGACCGAUUGGCACGCCUAUCCUACAAACCACGACGGCUCACUUCACCACCACCACUUCUCUCGCUUUUCCAGCAGCACCAACGACACCACGUCCACAACAGACUACUACACGGACUCGCCGACCCCAUCGCCGCCCAGGUCACCUACGGCACCCAUCUCCCCGCGAUGGGAUUCUCUCUCCUACAAUUCUGCCGCCAUCUGUAGCCAUUCCCACCAUGCACAUACUCCCGUAAUUGCAUCAACACUAGCCAGCAGCCCUCCCGUUCCCACGACGCCAACGCGAAAGCACUUCAACAUUGCUGUUGCUUCCUUGGCCACGGAACUGAGCGACGACUCUCCCCGGCCGGUGCCAGUGCUUAGUCCCGUUAGGAGAGCAAACAUGAUGGCUGCCCACGAGAGCCGCCCAGUCGGCGCAGACGGCCUGCCCGUCGGGAAUUUUUCACGUCCUCGACCUCCCAGUAUCAAACAUACUUCGCCAGAUUCCGUUCGUAUGCGCUCCGGAACUUCCAACACUUCACAGGCCGACUCAUCAUACCUCGAUCAGCUGGGACAACCGAACCAGUACCUGAGGGCGCGUGACCGAGGCCAAUCCAUAUCCUCUAAUCAAUCUGCCUCGACCUUUGUCUCGCUCCCAGUUCGCCCUCCGCCAGACCUCCACUACCCUGAUAGUGUCCGAGGUAGAAGUCGGCAUCCGCAUCCACCAUUCGCUAGGCAUCCUCUGGGGUACGGUCGCGCAGAGAGCACCGGCCACCCGUUCACCAGGGAAAUGAUUCCACGAAUGGCGUCCAUGCCAUCUGAUGAGCUCAGAUCUAGCUACAGAUCGCAAUUGUCGAGCUCAACGGCACCCGGGACACUGCGGACUGAGAGGAGUAGCGUUCUAACCAAGAGUAGUUCAAUCACUUCCAUCUCCAUGCCCGUAGAUGAAGCAUUCAGCGUCGACGAUGUCAUGGAUAUAUACGAAGAGGGCUUUCGUGACGACUCUCCGGAACGCCCAGAUGGACACGAUGAACAAGAUGAACAAGAUGACGACUCGCGACCGCCGACAGCAAAGUCCGAACGUAACAGAAGGCGUACUGCUCUAUUGGAAGCAUUUUCGGACUCUUUACCCAUGCGUCGUGGUAAUGCUCCCAACGGAGCUGAAAAUGGAGCUGCCGCCUAUGAGGAGGAUGAGGAUGAACACGAUACCGACCCUGCAGCACAGGCACACAGCACAGACGGUCUGGCAGCAAGCCGGGUUUCCGUAACAGAGUCGACCGACCACUCCGAAGAACGAGAAAAGAACGACUCGAAGCAUGACUCGGGCAAGCUGGUGGAUGAUGUUGAGGGCGAUGAUUUCCCCACAAGGUCGCGACAAACACCUGCGCCACGUACAAGCAUUGAGAACACAGAUGUUACAAGGGAUCGGUAUGGCUUCCGCAAGGAAAACCAAUAUGUUACGCAAGAGCAAUACGAUGCUUGGAACACUAGCUAUUCGGAUUACAUGGACAGGAGACGGCGGAAAUGGCAAGCAUUCAUGAAGGAGAGUGGACUGAUCACUGAUGAUCCCACCCGUUUCCCUCAGCGGAGCGCCAAAACAAAACGCUUUGUGCGGAAGGGGAUUCCACCAGAAUGGCGCGGCGCUGCUUGGUUCUACUAUGCUGGUGGGCCUGCUAUUCUAUCCAAACAUGGAGGAAUUUACAACCAACUCCUGGCCCAGAAGGCCAAGGACAUCGAUACGGAAGCCAUUGAACGAGAUCUUCAUCGCACAUUCCCGGACAAUAUCAAAUUCCGCGCGGCGAAUGCUUCUUCCAUUCCCAAUACCGAGUAUCAUGAGCCUGGCAGCACAGCGACCGAUGCAGACGGCAACCCUGUGCGGCGAGACGAGUCCGAAAUGAUAUCGUCGUUGCGCCGCGUCCUGCAUGCCUUUUCGAUAUACAACCCACGAAUUGGAUAUUGCCAGUCUUUGAACUUUCUAGCUGGCUUACUCCUUCUUUUCACCGAAACAGAGGAGCAUGCAUUCUGGCUACUGAAUAUCAUCACGCGUGUUUAUUUGCCAGGGACUCACGAGACUAGCCUAGAGGGUGCAAACGUCGAUCUCGGCGUGCUGAUGACAUCGGUUCAAGAGACUAUGCCUAAUGUCUGGGCAAAGAUCGGGGGCGAAUUGGACGGUACCGAUACCGUAAAGCCCAAGUCUCGCAGGCAUAGAAGAAACCCUACGAUCCCCACACGACUCCCGCCAGUGACACUUUGCAUGACGGCAUGGUUCAUGAGCUGCUUCAUCGGCACCCUGCCGAUUGAGACAACUCUGCGGGUGUGGGAUGUGUUCUUCUAUGAGGGAUCCAAGACACUAUUUCGCAUUGCGCUUACCAUCUUCAAGCUUGGCGAGAAUGAGAUCAAGAGCGUGGGAGAUCCUAUGGAGAUCUUCCAGGUAGUUCAGGCUAUGCCUCGACGCUUGCUGAAUGCGAAUACGCUUAUGGAAGCAUGCUUUAGGCGCCGGAACGGGUUUGGUCAUAUUAGCCAGGAAACGAUCGAGGAGCGACGCCUGGAGCGUAGGAAAAACGUCAAGCUGGAGAAGGAACGCAUCGCCACCGGACUGACUGAAGAUUCUGCCGAUCUCAAGCACAAAAAUCCUUUGUUUGGGAAAAAGAAGCCUUGA